AUGUCAAAGAAGACUAUAAACUCACAAAUACGUGAACGAACAACCAAUAUAGGCUCAUCAGCAAAUAACUAUGACAUACCCGAAUCAUCAGCAUCAAUAGAAAUAGAAACAUCAGAAUCUACUUUGGACAAAAAGAAAGAAAAUAAGAACCCUAUAUUACAAUUUUUUAAUGUGGCAUCAAAAAAAUUAGAUUCUUUAGGAGUAGAAACUAGAGGUAUAGAAAGAAUAGAACCAUAUGAAAGAUCAACAAAUAAAACAAAACAGCUUAUUAGUGUUAUUGGAUUAUGGUUAUCUGCUUGUGGUGGAUUAUCAUCAAUGUCAACAUUUUAUUUAGGUCCUUUAUUAUUUGGAUUAGGUUUAAAAAAUACAUUGAUAGCAGGAUUAAUUGGUCAUACUUUAGGAUGUUUUAUAGCUGCAUAUUGUUCAUUAAUGGGUCCAAGAUCUGGUUGUAGACAAAUGGUUAGUGCAAGAUUUUUAUUUGGUUGGUGGUUUGUUAAAUUAGUUGCAUUAGUUAGUAUUAUUGGAGUUAUGGGUUGGUCAGUUGUUAAUUGUUUAGUUGGAGGUCAAAUAUUAGCAAGUUUAAGUAAUAAUAAAAUACCAUUAUGGGGUGGUAUAGUUUUAAUUGCUGGGAUUUCAUUAAUUGUUGCAAUUGGAGGUAUAAAACAUUUAAUUAGAAUUGAAGCGUUAUUAAGUUUACCUGUAAAUUUUGCAUUUUUGAUGCUUUAUGUUGUUGCUUCACAAAAAUUUGAAUAUUUAACUUUGGGAGAUGCUAUAACUGAUCCAGCUACAAUAAAGGGUAAUUGGUUAAGUUUUUUUUCAUUAUGUUAUUCAAUUACAUCAACUUGGGGUUCAAUUGCAUCUGAUUAUUAUAUUUUAUUCCCAGAAACUACGCCAGAUAUUCAAAUUUUUUCAAUAACUUUAUUAGGUAUAUUUAUUCCAACUACUUUUGUUGGUGUUGCUGGAUUAUUAAUUGGUAAUGUUGCGUUAACAUAUAAACCAUGGGGAGAAGCAUAUGAAACUUUUGGUAUGGGUGGUUUAUUAAAUGAAGCUUUUAAACCCUGGGGUGGAGGAGGAAAAUUUCUUUUAAUAUUAAUUUUCCUUUCCUUGAUAUCAAAUAAUAUUAUAAAUACUUAUUCAGCUGCUUUUGGUGUUCAAUUAGCUGGUACUGGUUUUGCUAAAAUUCCAAGAUGGUUAUGGGCAUUUGUUUUAACUGCUAUAUAUUUAAUUUGUGCAUUAGUUGGUAGAAAUAAAUUUGCUACAAUUUUAGGUAAUUUUUUACCAAUGGUUGGUUAUUGGAUAUCAAUGUAUUUUAUUAUGUUAUUAGAAGAAAAUGUUAUUUUUAGAACUGAUAAAUUUAAGUAUUUAUAUGAAUUAGAAUUUUCAGAAGAUGUUUCAAAUUCAAUUGAUCUUAAACAAAGAUUACAUAUUCCAAUACGAUCAAAUCAACAUUAUAAUUUUAGAAUAUGGAAUGAUUAUAAUAAAUUGACAAAAGGUUUAGCAGCAACUUGUUCAUUUUGUAUAGGUGCAACUGGUGCUGCUGUGGGGAUGUCACAAACUUAUUGGAUUGGACCUGUAGCUAGAAGAAUAGGUGGUGAAUAUGGUGGAGAUAUUGCUAUGUGGUUAUGUAUGGGAUUUAGUGGGAUAAGUUAUCCUUUCUUGAGAUAUUUAGAAUUAAAACAUUUCAAAAGAUAG